GUGUGGGAUGAUCUUAGAGAGAGCUACUCACAAGACAAAAAUAUGUCUAGAGUCUAUGAAUUGUAUGAGAAAAUAUUCAAUUUUAAACAAGGAGACAAAUCUCUUGGAGAGUAUUACAGUGCUUUGAAAGGCAUGUGGGAAGAACUCAAUCUUUAUCAGCCCAUCACUACUGAUCUUGAGAGACUAAAGACACAAAGAGCUGAAUUUCAAGUUGCUAAGUUUCUAUCCGGGCUAAAUACGGACUUGCAGCUCGUGAAGAGCCAGCUUCUUGCUGGAGAGCAAGUUCCUUCUAUGAAUGAAGCAUUUUGUCGGAUUCAGCGCAUUGUCUCUCCAUCUUCUACAUCAUCUAGAGAUAGCUCAGCACUUUUGGCUACUAGUGGUGGUCAUGGUCGUGGUAGAUUUUCUAAUAGAGGCCGUGGUUUAUUGGGAGGUCGUGGCCGUGUUGGUGGACGUAGUGGACGGAGUUAUGAUCGAGACAGCCGUCGGUGUACAUACCGUAGAAAAUCUGGUCAUACGGUUGACACUUGUUGGGCCAAGCACGGCAAGCCCGAGUGGGCUCAGCGAUUAGCUAUUGCAAAUGUUGUUGCGUCCGAAGGGAGUGUUGGAAAUGUGUCUUCCGGCGACACGAAUCCAUCUAUCCAGACCGGGUGUAGUUUAUCCGAGUCUUCGGCUCGAGAUGAUCCGGUUACACAACUUAUCAAGCGAGUUCAGCAACUAGAGGCUUCCAGUUCCUCAUCCACUACCACUCUUGCACGUACGGGUAACAUGGCCUUUCUCUCUACUCUGUCCCCUAGCACCUGGGUCAUUGAUUCGGGAGCUUCUAGUCAUAUGACGGGUGGUUGGAUCAGGGGCUAUUUCUCUUACACCUUCCUUAUCCUUGUCCUCUGUCUUACAUGUUCCCCAACUUCCUCUGAAUUUGUUAUCCGUUAGUCAAUUAACUAAAGCCCUUGGUUGUUCUGUUACAUUUU